UCCGCCCCUGGGCCGAAGGAAAACAAAAAUGGCGACGCUGAGCUCCCUCCAGGACCGCAUCCAGGGCAUCGGGACGCGACUGCAGGCCGAGAAUGAGUCCAAUUCGCGCGACAGGAUCAGCACCGCCUUAAACCUGGACUUCACGCGGAGCAGGCCGGGGUCGGAGAGGAAGCCCAAGACGCUUCCCAUAAUGGACGGGAGACUGCCAGGGCGCCCCAGCACAAUCUCAGGACGCCAGAGAGACCGGCCCAGAAUCGAACUGCCUUUGGUAUUCGAACCCAGACAACAGCAGUCAGACCCCUCAGAAUUAGAUGCACAUGUCAAAGAAAUCACGAGAAAAAAUGGGAAUUUAAUAAUAGAAAGCAAGAGUUAUAAUAGUACCAUAGAAGAUAUGGAGUACAUAUCAGAAUUAGGUAAUGGCACAUCAGGCAACGUUGUCAAAAUGCUACACAAAUCUUCAAAGAAAGUUAUCGCCGUUAAGCAAAUGCGACGGUCGGGUAACCUAGAAGAGACCAAGCGAGUCUUCUUUGACUUGGAGGUUGUAUUAAAAUCCCAUGACUGCCCCUACAUAGUACAGUGUCUAGGAUGCUUCGUCACAGAUUCAGACGUCUGGAUCUGUAUGGAGCUCAUGGCCACCUGUCUGGACAAGCUCACCAAGCGUUACAAGCGGCCGAUACCUGAGGCUAUCCUCGGCAAAAUUUCUGUUGCUACCCUAAAGGCUCUCCACUACCUUAAGGAAUCCCACGGUGUCAUCCAUCGUGACGUCAAGCCUUCGAACAUCCUUCUAGAUGAACGUGGUAACAUUAAACUUUGUGACUUCGGGAUCUCAGGGAGACUAGUCGAUUCUAAGGCUAAGACUCGUAGUGCUGGUUGCGCGGCAUACAUGGCGCCAGAACGGAUAGACCCGCCAGACCCCGCAAGGCCGGAUUAUGAUAUUCGUGCUGAUGUUUGGAGUUUGGGCAUCACUCUAGUAGAGCUUGCUACAGGGCAGUUUCCAUAUAGAGAUUGUCGCAAUGACUUUGAGGUGCUGACCAAGGUUCUACAAGACGAUCCACCAUCUCUUCCCCAAGAUGGAAACUUUAGUCCUGAAUUCUGUGAAUUUGUUAAAGAUUGCCUUAUUAAGGAAUACCGCCAACGCCCAAAGUACAAGAAACUACUUGACUAUCCAUUUAUCAAGAAAUAUGAAAGUAUGAAAGUGGAUGUCUCAGCUUGGUUUAAAGAAGUGUGCCGCCAGACGGAAGACAAGGUUCGGAGCUCCCCUCAGAGAGUAAGUAUAUUUUCCUCUCCUUUACUCCCCCGAGCCUCGCGCUCCAGCAGUCGACCCCCAAGUGCCCCCAGUAGUAGUGGGGGCGGGGGUGGGGGUGGAGGGGGUGGUGGGGGAACUGACUCCGCACCCCCACCACCACCACCUGUUGCGCCCAGAAGACGGAGUCGCACUCCAGAGGCGCACAGCCACGACCGCGUUAACCAUAUCCCUCUGCAACCUCAGUUACAACAAUUGCAACAUGAUCAGCAACAACAACAGCUACAGCAUCAACAACAGCAACAGGAGCAACAUCAAAAGCACGAGCAGCCUGCUGUGCAGCAGCUCCACUCGCCCCAAAAACAGCAGUCACCAAAGCAGAAACAGCCGUCGCCACACAAACACCACCGGGAGCAGAAUGGUGACAGCAUCAACAGCCCCAGGAGAAGUGGAGGCAGCAGCAGCAGCAGCAGCAGCAACAGCAGCAGUAGAAGCAGCAGCAGCAGCAAUGGCAGCAGCAGUAGCAACUGCAGUAGCAUCAGCAGCAGCAGCAAUGGUGGCAACGGUGUGGUUAGUCGGUCACCGCUUCCAGCCUCUCCCAAUCUGACCCGCGCCGUAUCUGCUUCGCCAUCUCGUUCUGGGCCCCCCCUGUCACCUGCCCCCUCUAGGGCGUACUCAGCCUCCCCCCUCCAGAGAUCUGUUCCCCCUUCUGCUGUCCCCCCCCACUCAUACCCAGGAGUGAAUCACAUGGGUCCUUUCUCCCAUCCUGCAUCAUCAGCUCAUCAUCAUUAUCAUCAGUAUGCUGUCCCAUUGCCCACACAAACAUUUUCUCCAUUAAAUAAGUCCCCAAAGCCUUACUCACAGGCUUAUAGCCAGUAUUCAAAUCCAUACACCCAAGUGUUACCUCCUCGUUCAAGUCAUAGUAGUUUUUAUAAUAACGUGUCCAGUAGUGGUCGGGACAUCCACAGUAGUAGUAGCAGUAGUGAUCAUUCAUCAAGCUCAGGAAGCAGCAGUACAACUACCACGUCUGGUGGCGUGAUGGGAACGAGCGGGUCUGUGCGGGAGAUGGCCAGCAGCUGGCCCACACCCAGUCACAUGCCCAAUCUUAGUACAGGCCAACGGGAGGCCUGGGGAGGCACUGGCAGUAGUCAAGGGGUGCCUGCCACCACCACCUCGGUCACUCACACUCCCCCCAUGCACAGGAAAACUCCUGAGCCAGUAAGCAGCCGCUACCCUCCAACCUACCUGCCCCCCCAUGUGUCCCCCCUCGUCUCUCGAAGGAUCGUGGAGAACAGAGUAGCGGCGGCGGCGGCGGCGGCGCAGGCGGCAGCAACGGCCAGCAGCAGCCACCAGAUCCACCCUCCAGGAGCUCUACCCACCUCUAGUAGCAGUCUGCCCCCUCCUUCCGUCACUCUCACCACCCCACACUACAGGUACACUCAGGAAGCCUUCUACAACAGCCGACCUUACUACACCCCAGAGCCCCAGCGUAGAAUACUUCCCCGCCUGAAGAACCCCUGACCCCCAAGAAUCCACCCCCUUGAAGCCCACAAAGUCUUCGAUCCUCAACCUUUCAGCAGCAGCAGCAGCGGCAGUAGCGGCAGCCAUGAGCACACAGGAUAGGAAGCCUCUGGACAGGGUUUCCCAAUGCGGGCGACACCACGACGGCGGCGGCGGUGGCGGGGAAAUACAAACAGCUAGUCAUGGAAGACGCGUCGGUCUUUGGUGCGAAACGACUGACCCAAUAUCCGACCUCCCCCUCCCCCCCUUCUCCCCCCUCCGUCAAAAUGAGUCAUGCCUUUUGGGUUUGUUUAUAUUUUAUUGAUUAUGAUUGAUGUUAUUCUUAUUUUUAUUUGUUUUGGUGGAAAUUUUCUUAUCUGUUAUUUUUUUCACUUUCAUAUUGGAAGAUGUCGUCAGCUAGUAACAAAAGUGUCAGUUCUUCCUCCCCUUCUUAUCUCCAUCUCUUUCUUCCUUUUUUUUCUUCUUUUUUUUCUUUUUUUCUUUUCUUUUCUUUUUCUUUCUUUGUUUCAUUCUUUAUUUUCCCUCCCAUUAACUUAGAUCCAUGGUGGCCUCCCAACAGUUUUUGUGAUCAGUUGUUUUAAUAAUAUCAUUAUUAUUAUUAAUUUGGCUGGAAAUUGUUAUUGUGAUAAUCCCCUGCUACUCCUCCUCCUCCUCCCCCUUUUUUUUUUCUUCUGCUUUUUUUUUAUGUACAUUUUUCCUCUCUCUGCUACUUCUGACCCUACCUGUUUUAUUCCAAAGUUAUCCCUCAAGCAGAAGGAUUGAAGAAAACGGGAGUGAAGCGUUUUGGACCGAGUGUUUGAAGCAGUUAAUGAAUAUGGAGUAUGAUUGUUUACUGAUUUUCUCUCAUUCUUUCUCUAAUGGAUUGCCUCCUCGUCUCCACCUCCCCUCUUGUCUAUAACUCGUUUGCUUUCAUGUUGCACUAAAACAAAGGAGUGAUACAUCAGAACAAAAAUAGGAAGAAGAGAAAAUGCGGAAAAAGAAGCCUGUUUACCCGUGCAUAGACUUUUUUGAAACGAAGUUGACCGAUGCAAGUCAGUGUUGAGUUGACGGUGACUGAAGCGGAGUUGAAUUGGCCGACGUUCAAUCGGUGUUGAAUCGACAUUGAGUAAGCAUCACUUUCUUUGGCCACUUAUCAGUGUUGCAGUUGCCGAAUAUGUCUGUCAAUUGACCUCAGUGUGAACUGAGACCCUAACUCAUGGAAAAUCAUCUGUGAUUUAUUAAGGAGAUAAAAAAAGAAGCAAAAAAUAUAUGAAUAUGUAGUAGUUCAGUGAUUGUUAAUGUCUUUAUGAAGAAUUUUUUUUGUAUGAAGACCAGAAAGGUAAUCAGAGAAUGAUUGAUUUGUAAUUUUUAUUCUUAUUAUUUUCCUUUGUUUUUUUUUUUUUUUUAUUAUUAUUAUUAUUAUUAUUUAAAGCUUGUUGGCAUUCGCAGUGAAUAGAAUAUAUGAGAAAGAACAGGGAAAAUUUUUCUUUUUCUCUCUCUCGGUCUGUCUUACGGAAGAAUUGAUGAUUGUGCUGUGGUAAUUUUUUUUUUUUUUUUUUGUUAAAUCAGUUUGUAGUACAUUUGAGCAGUUACUUGAUGUUGACUAUAUAUUUUGAGCGUAUCUUAUUUUCUUGUUGCAGAAGAGAAGAAAAGAGUAUUUUAGGGACUAAAUUUUGCAUAAAUGAUUUUAUCUGUGAAUAAUGAUUUUCUUGGUUAUGAGUUGACAAGCAGGUUUUAUUGUUUUACAGACUUAGAGCAAGAUAAUUUGAAUUUUUUUUUUUCUCUCUUUUCAUUUGGCUUACAUGAAACAGUUAGGAUCAAGCUAUGAUUUUUCAUAUAUGUAAUUUAUAUCUGUAUGAUUAUUAUAUUUGUUUUUCCCUUU